GGCCAGCGGACCCUGAUGAGGCUGUCAACCCUGCAGCCUGUGACUCCCCCUGCAGUGCUUGUGCCUCCUGGGCCCCCCGCACCACCCAUCCAAGGAUAUGCCUUCAAGCCUCCACCUCGACCUGACUUUGGGACCUCGGGAAGAACAAUCAAACUACAGGCCAACUUCUUUGAAAUGGACAUCCCCAAAAUUGACAUCUAUCACUACGAAUUGGAUAUCAAGCCAGAGAAGUGUCCAAGGAGAGUUAACAGGGAAAUAGUGGAACAUAUGGUCCAGCACUUUAAAACACAGAUCUUUGGGGAUCGGAAGCCAGUGUUUGAUGGAAGGAAGAAUCUUUACACAGCUAUGCCCCUUCCAAUUGGGAGGGAUAAGGUGGAGCUGGAGGUCACACUGCCAGGAGAAGGCAAAGAUCGAAUCUUCAAGGUAUCCAUCAAGUGGGUGUCCUGUGUGAGCCUGCAGGCCUUACAUGACGCACUUUCAGGGCGUCUGCCCAGUGUCCCUUUUGAGACGAUCCAGGCCCUGGAUGUGGUCAUGAGGCAUCUGCCAUCCAUGAGGUACACCCCCGUGGGUCGCUCCUUUUUCACUGCCUCUGAGGGCUGCUCCAAUCCUCUUGGUGGGGGCCGAGAAGUGUGGUUUGGCUUCCAUCAAUCCGUCCGACCUUCUCUUUGGAAAAUGAUGCUGAAUAUAGAUGUGUCGGCAACAGCGUUUUACAAGGCACAGCCAGUGAUUGAGUUCGUUUGUGAAGUUCUGGAUUUUAAAAGUAUUGAAGAACAACAAAAACCUCUGACAGAUUCCCAAAGGGUAAAGUUUACCAAAGAAAUUAAAGGUCUAAAGGUGGAGAUAACGCACUGUGGGCAGAUGAAGAGGAAGUACCGCGUCUGCAACGUGACCAGGCGGCCUGCCAGCCACCAAACGUUCCCCCUACAGCAGGAGAGUGGGCAGACCGUGGAAUGCACAGUGGCCCAGUACUUCAAGGACAGGCACAAGCUGGUUCUGCGCUACCCCCACCUCCCGUGUUUACAAGUCGGACAGGAGCAGAAACACACCUACCUUCCCUUGGAGGUCUGUAACAUAGUAGCAGGACAGAGAUGUAUAAAAAAAUUAACCGACAAUCAGACCUCAACUAUGAUCAGAGCGACUGCCCGGUCAGCGCCCGAUAGGCAAGAAGAGAUCAGCAAAUUGAUGCGAAGUGCAAGUUUCAACACAGACCCAUAUGUCCGUGAGUUUGGAAUCAUGGUGAAAGACGAGAUGACCGAUGUGACGGGGCGGGUCCUACAGCCCCCCUCCAUCCUCUACGGAGGCCGGAACAAAGCAAUUGCCACCCCUGUCCAGGGUGUCUGGGACAUGAGGAACAAGCAGUUCCACACAGGCAUCGAGAUCAAGGUGUGGGCCAUUGCCUGCUUCGCCCCCCAGCGCCAGUGCACGGAAGUCCAUCUUAAGUCCUUCACAGAGCAACUUCGAAAGAUCUCAAGAGAUGCUGGAAUGCCCAUCCAGGGCCAGCCGUGCUUCUGCAAAUAUGCCCAGGGGGCGGACAGUGUGGAGCCCAUGUUCCGGCACCUGAAGAAUACAUACGCUGGCCUGCAGCUGGUGGUGGUCAUCCUGCCUGGCAAGACCCCAGUCUAUGCUGAGGUCAAGCGUGUGGGCGACACAGUACUUGGGAUGGCCACACAGUGCGUGCAGAUGAAAAACGUGCAGAGAACCACACCACAGACCCUGUCCAACCUCUGCCUGAAGAUCAAUGUCAAGCUGGGGGGCGUCAACAACAUCCUGCUGCCCCAGGGCAGGCCUCCAGUGUUCCAGCAGCCUGUGAUCUUUCUGGGAGCAGAUGUCACUCACCCACCUGCGGGGGACGGGAAGAAGCCUUCGAUUGCCGCAGUCGUGGGCAGCAUGGAUGCGCACCCCAACCGCUACUGCGCCACUGUGCGUGUGCAGCAGCACCGGCAAGAGAUCAUUCAGGACCUGGCGGCCAUGGUGCGUGAGCUGCUCAUCCAGUUCUACAAGUCCACACGCUUCAAACCCACCCGCAUCAUCUUCUACCGCGAUGGUGUCUCCGAAGGCCAGUUCCAGCAGGUCCUUCACCACGAGCUGCUGGCCAUCCGUGAGGCCUGUAUUAAGCUGGAAAAGGACUACCAGCCAGGGAUUACGUUCAUCGUGGUGCAGAAGAGGCACCACACACGGCUCUUCUGCACUGACAAGAACGAGCGGGUUGGGAAGAGUGGGAACAUUCCAGCAGGCACAACUGUGGACACGAAGAUCACCCACCCAACGGAGUUUGACUUCUACCUAUGUAGUCAUGCCGGCAUCCAGGGGACAAGCAGGCCGUCCCACUACCAUGUCCUCUGGGAUGACAAUCGUUUCUCUUCUGACGAGCUGCAGAUUCUCACCUACCAGCUGUGUCACACCUACGUGCGCUGCACACGCUCUGUGUCCAUCCCAGCGCCAGCCUACUAUGCCCACCUGGUGGCCUUCCGGGCCAGGUACCACCUGGUAGACAAAGAACACGAUAGUGCUGAGGGGAGCCAUACCUCGGGGCAGAGCAACGGGCGAGACCACCAGGCCCUGGCCAAGGCGGUCCAGGUCCAUCAGGACACGCUGCGCACCAUGUACUUUGCUUGACGUGUCUAGUGUCCAGCGAUUGUGCACCAAGUUGGAUUCACACGAGACCAGCCUCACUCAGACCAACAGACGCCCAGCCCUCCGUGACAGCCAGCAUCCAACAUGAGACGUCAUUGAUUUUAUCAGAUCUCCAUUUUCCAGAAUGCCUUCCGUCCCAGAUUUCAAACUUGGAUUUUGAACUGCAGACCUGUAUGAGACCCCACUGUCGUAGGAAAUAUGGUUUGCCAAAAUCUAUGAGCUGCUUAUUAAAAUAGAACCCCGUGUUUCCUAAAAAUCCUAAAACCAGUCUAUGAACUCAGGGCUUUAAAACAUUUUUUAAUUUAUUUGGUCAUUCAAUUUACUUGUUUUUAACACAUAAUUCUCUAUGAAAUUGAUGGGCUCAAACUAGCUGUGAAUGUUCUGAGAGUGAAAGCAACACAAAACAUUGUGGUUUUAAAGCCUUGAACAUUCUGAUGUUGUCACUGAAGUUGAUUUCCAAGAGGCGUGGUGUGCUUGUGGCCUGGCUGCACAAGCUCAGCCCUAAGGGCAGGUGGCCGUGCGCGGCAUCCACAGGUGUGUCUUGCUCUGCCAUUGCCUACCUCCCAUAGUGUGAGCCGAGGUACAGUGGCAGAAGGAGGGCCACGUGUGUUUACAGCAGUGACAUGUCCAGAGAGAUUGGCAGAUAAGUGCCAUUUUAAUAACAAUUUAUUUAAAAAGAGAAGAAAGACAAUAUACCGACAGUCUAAUCAUAAGAUUUGUCCUAUAGGACUGUGACGUUUAUUUUCCAAAGUUUCUAAAGAAUACGGGUCUGUGGUGAGAAAUACAGUACAAUCCUUUUUCACUGUUAUGUCUUUAAUGUAAGAGAAGAAUAUAUAUAUCUGGUUUGCAGUA